AUGAAACACGCAUUGGUUAUCUCGGCACUGCUGAUGCUACUCUACACCGUGCUGAUAGAUGGCCAAAACUAUUUGGGCACCAGUCUUAACAACAAUGGACCCAAGAUCUGUGUACUGGACAACUGCAACUAUUACGCUGUGAACAAUGUCUGUGGUCGCUAUGGACGCUCCAAUCUCUGCAAACGCUUCAACAACAGUUGCUUGCUUCGCUACGAGGCAUGCGUCAAUUCGGUGGCCUACACCCAAGUCUCCCUGUCCAUGUGCUCGGGAAUACCUGUGGGAACACGCAGACAGUGCGCAGGCACCUCUUCAACAUUCUCAGGAUCGUCAUCAUCGAAUACGGCACCCAGACCUCGCGGUUAAGAUUUAAUUCCAAUAAACUGUUAAUUUAAAAAAGUUCCCAGAAGUUAUUCCUGAGUUGUAAUAGUUUAAUCCUUUUGAGUGCUCUUCCUGGAAAAUAUUAACUAAAGUGGUUUGCAUUAAA